CGCGGGGCAGCGCAGGUUCCUGUCUGCGCUGGCUGCGGCCUGGCACUGAGAGGAGGGGCGGCCUCGGCCCCGGCCUCGGCGCCGGACUAUGGACCCGGCCGAGGCCGUGCUGCAGGAGAAGGCCCUCAAAUUCAUGGUCUCAACUUUCCCCCUGCCCCCCAUUUCUUCUUACGUGGAAGCAGAUGAAAAGGAGAAGCAGCAGUACUGCCUUGCAAGUACCAUACCCCGAAUUCACAUGCCAAAAGAUGGAUUCCAACUUAUAUCUUCUGGAUACCAAGCAUGGCUAAAGCAGUGCUCUAUGCCCAGAUCUCUGUGGCUGGGCUGCUCCAGCCUGGCGGACAGCAUGCCCUCGCUGCGAUGCCUCUAUAACCCAGGGACUGGCGCACUCCCAGCUUUCCAGAAUUCCUCUGAGAGAGAAGACUGUAAUAAUGAUGAGCCCCCUAGGAAGAUCAUUCCUGAGAAGAAUUCACUUAGACAGACCUACAACAGCUGUGCCAGACUGUGCUUAAACCAGGAAACAGUAUGUCUAGGAAGCACCGCGAUGAAGACUGAAAAUUGUGUGGCCAAAACGAAACUUGCCAAUGGCACUUCCAGCAUGAUUGUGCCCAAGCAAAGAAAACUCUCUGCGAGCUAUGAGAAGGAGAAGGAGCUCUGCGUCAAGUAUUUUGAACAGUGGUCCGAGUCUGACCAGGUGGAGUUUGUGGAGCACCUCAUCUCCCAGAUGUGUCACUACCAGCACGGGCAUAUCAACUCAUACCUCAAACCCAUGUUACAGCGGGACUUCAUCACCGCGCUGCCAGCUCGGGGAUUGGAUCACAUUGCUGAGAACAUUCUGUCCUACCUGGAUGCCAAGUCGUUGUGUGCUGCUGAGCUGGUGUGCAAGGAGUGGUACCGGGUGACGUCGGAUGGGAUGCUGUGGAAGAAGCUCAUCGAGAGGAUGGUCAGGACAGACUCCCUCUGGAGGGGCUUGUCGGAGAGGAGAGGAUGGGGACAAUAUCUAUUUAAAAAUAAACCUCCUGAUGGGACUGCGCCACCCAACUCUUUCUACAGAGCACUUUAUCCCAAAAUUAUACAGGACAUAGAGACAAUAGAGUCAAACUGGCGGUGUGGAAGGCACAGUUUACAGAGGAUCCACUGCCGAAGCGAGACAAGCAAAGGAGUUUAUUGUUUACAGUAUGAUGAUCAGAAGAUAGUAAGUGGCCUACGAGACAAUACUAUUAAGAUCUGGGAUAAGAAUACGUUGGAAUGCAAGCGAAUCCUCACUGGACACACGGGUUCUGUCCUGUGCCUCCAGUACGAUGAACGGGUGAUCAUUACUGGAUCUUCGGACUCAACGGUCAGGGUGUGGGAUGUGAACGCGGGCGAGAUGCUGAACACGCUGAUCCACCACUGCGAAGCGGUGCUGCACCUCCGCUUCAACAACGGCAUGAUGGUGACGUGCUCCAAAGACCGUUCCAUCGCCGUCUGGGACAUGGCUUCACCAACAGACAUCACCCUGAGGAGGGUGCUAGUAGGGCACCGGGCUGCCGUCAACGUAGUGGACUUUGAUGACAAGUACAUUGUGUCAGCGUCAGGUGACAGAACUAUCAAGGUGAGGUGUUUUCAUUUGCGGCGCCGGGGUAUUUAUUAACCAAAGAGCAGUGACCAGAUGGGAAAGAUGCUUCUUUUCAGUUAUCACACAGAUCUUCAUUUAGAACUUUAGAAUCACAGAAUCAAUUGUCUGGGUUGGAAGGGACCUUUCAGAUCAUCCAGUCCAACCAUCACCCUAACUCUGAUAAAAACCAUCACUAACCCAUGGCUCUAA